AUGGAAUCAUUCAAGCCUUUAGCAGCCGUUCUUGGUGUCUUUUUCCUAGCCAUAACUGCUAUAGAAAACGGACUGGUGGUUCAAGCCCAAGAAUGUGGCAACGAUCUAGCAAAUGUUCAGGUAUGUGCGGCUAUGGUACUGCCUGGUUCAGGCACCCCGAAUUCCGAGUGUUGCGCCGCACUCCAAUCUACUAACAAAGAUUGUCUUUGCAACGCUCUUCGCGCAGCCACCUCUCUUCCUUCGCUUUGUAACCUUCCUGCUAUCAAUUGCGGCAUAAAUGCUUAG